AUGGAUCCAAACCCUUCAUCUUUGGCCGAUAAGCCAGCCGCAUACAGCUUUUCUUGUGCCAACUGCGCUCAAUCUAAGCGCAAAUGCAUCGUUCGCGCCGUGGGCGGGCCGUGUCAGCGGUGCUAUAAAACGAGCAAAGAAUGCACGCCAGCAAAAACCGUACGACGGCGGGGAGUUGCAAAAAAGUCUGCCGCUACCUCUCAAACGAGUCGACUAGAAGAAAAAAUAGAUAGUCUCGUAUCUCUGAUGAAAUUUGGGGGCCAAAAUGGUGUCCCACUUUCACCAGUUGUGAAUUCUUUAAAAGUAUCUUCAAAACUCGGAAACAGUGAGAAAGAUCUGGCACCAACUUCCGAACAUCGAUCUUCCUGGAACUGCCCCGAUGGAGAUCAAAGCAACAGAAGCACACCACUAACGAUCGACUUAACAUACUCACCAGGCCUAAGUGAUAUCUGCUCACAUGAGUCAGAAGAAUGUCUCAAUCACUUCCGAACAUUCAAGUUGGAAUAUUUUCCAUUCAUUUACAUUCCCUUCGAAAAGAGUGCCGGGCAACUUCGCCAAGAGCGACCAUUUCUUUGGCUUUGCAUUAUGGCGAUCAGCACCAAGUGUACCGCUCGUCAGCAUGCACUUGGUCUUAAAAUACGCCAAAUAAUAGCACAGGAGAUAGUAGUUCAAUCUAAUGAAAGUAUUGAUCUCUUAUUGGGGCUGCUGACAUUUAUUGGCUGGGCGAGCUAUCAGUUUCAUCAAUUCCAUCCAAAGCCUUUUCUAUCUGCUUUCACACAUCUUGCGACAUCAUUGGUUUUUGACCUUGGUCUGAACAAACCGGUCCAAACAAUGCCAUCGAAUUUCAAUCUUCACCGAUCCCCGAGACCUUCUUCUACCCCUCGUACUAUGGAAGAGCGCAGAGCGAUUGAAACAUUUCGAUGGACAACACAUUUGGAUGAAUGUCUCCAAAUUUUAGAUGAACAGAAGGAAUGUGCCAAUGAUGAGAUCCUAAUCCAGCUCGUUAAAAUGCGUCUCAUAAUUGAGAAAAACAGAACCCAUCAGGGAUGGUUGAAUGAUACAUCCGAUGCCGCCAGACGGGCUGAAAAUGGGGCCGCACUGUUCUCGGACAUGAAGGUACAAAUCUUCAAAUCUUUACCAAGAGAUGUACUCUUGCUACAUCUUUAUAGCGACGAGCUGGAGAUCACCAUUUUUUCUCUAUCUCUUACUCCUACCGAUUUGAAAAGACCUCGACUAGACCAUCUUUUUCAUGCACUCACAUCAAUUAACUCAUGGUUCGAAACUCUUCUUAUGAUACCUCCCUCAGGAUAUGUUUCGUUCACUUUCCCUGUUUUUUCCCAAAUCUCUCGGUGCCUUCUCGUCCUCUACCGCCUUGCAACACUCGAUGCUCCAAACUGGGAUAAAACCUGUGUUCAACAGACUACAAAUCCCCUUUCUAUCUUGAAUCGACUCAAUAAUUUGGAGCAAGUUCCUACUGCUAUUGGCAUUGAUAACAGCAACUAUCCUAAUGGUGACAUAUUUUCUCGGUCCGCACAGAUUCUUCGAUCCCUUCGCCCUGAAUGGGAAGCAAAGCUUGGCUUCUAUGAUAUGGCCCCCAUUGAGCCUUCUCCAUACGAUUUCAAUGGGGUUAAUCUGCCGGAUGCUUCAUUCUUUGGAGAUGACAGUCUAUAUGAUGGCUGGUUAAUGGAACUUAUGUCUUCCACUUUUUGA